AUGACCAAGGAGGGGCCCGAGGUCAACGUGGAGGCUCUCCAGGGCGAGAAGCCAAUGGGGAGGACAGUGAUCAAUAUCCACGGCGGCGACUCUGCCACCACCGAGACGGUGGUGCCCGACCACAUCAUCUGUUCCCUGUUCAACACCCUCUUCUUCAACCCCUGCUGCCUGGGCUUCCUGGCGUUCGCCUACUCCGUGAAGUCUAGGGACCGGAGGAUGGUGGGAGACGUGACUGGGGCGCAGAGCUAUGCGUCCACCGCCAUGUGCCUCAACAUUUGGGCCACGAUCCUGGGCCUCCUGACGACCAUCGGGCUCAUCAUUCUCCUGAAUCGGUACCCAGGUCUCUUCAAUGUGAGCAUGUGGGCCCAGCAGAGUGGCGGGGCCGACUAG